AUGUUGAGAGCAUCAAGACCCCUCUACUCGGCUAUAGCCUCCACCCUCAAAUCGUCUACCGGUAUCACCGGCCUCGCUGUCCACCCCGACCCCCUCCCAGCUUUGGCAGGGACAUAUAAAUCCACCCUUUCGCUUCUUCAGACAUUACCGGCCACAUCGGUAUACCGCCAAGCGACCGAGGCGAUCACAAAGCACCGGCUGUCGCUUGUGGAGAAUGCCGGAGGGGACAUCAUCGCCGCGGAGAAGGGAUUGGGAGGGAUGAUUGAGACGAGUCUGGAGGAGGCCAAGGCGGAAGAGGGCGUUGCGGGGAAGAUGGUCGAGUGGAAGGCAUGGGAGAACCUUCAAACACCUUCGCCGCCAAACCAAUGGCGAUACUUUGACCCCGGAAGCGAGUAG